UAUGUGAAACUCAAAUCUUAAGGAAGUCGAAACAUGCCUUCUUUGGUGUCUUUCAUCUCCCUUUUCCUUUUCUCAUUCCUCACUAUCUUCAGAGCUUCUGCUCAAAAUCCUUCUUACAUAUAUCACAAUUGUCCAAAUACGACGACUUACACAAGUAACAGCACUUACUUUACCAAUCUCAGAACCGUUUUGUCUUCUCUUUCUUCCCGUAACGCCCCUUACUCCACCGGGUUCCAAAACAUCACGGUGGGACAAGCCCCCAACAGGGUCACCGGACUUUUCCUUUGCCGUGGAGAUUACUCGCCGGAAGUAUGUCGUAGCUGCGUCACCUUUGCCGUCAACGACACCUUAACUCGGUGUCCGAACGAGAGAGAGGUCGUGGUCUAUUACGAUGAGUGUAUGCUCAGAUACUCUAACAAGAGUAUACUCUCGACCGUUACGUACGAAGGAGGAUUAGUCAUGAUGAACCUUAAUAAUAUUUCUUCUAUUCAAAAUCAAAUAGACGGGUUCAUAAGUUUUGUGUCGUCCGCGACGAGGAAAGGUUCCAUUGAAGCAGGCAACAGUGAAAGAAGAUUCUCUACGGUGAAGACGGCAUUGACCGCAUACCAGACUUUGUACGGGCUGCUUCAGUGCACUCCUGAUCUUAAAAGACAAGACUGCAUAGGCUGUUUGCAAAGUUGCAUCGAUGGAAUGGAUCUUAAAAGAAUUGGAGGAAGACUUUUUUGGCCGAGUUGUAAUGUAAGGUACGAACUUUACCCGUUCUACAACGAGAGUGCCAUCCAAACACCCCCACCACCACCACCCCCACCACCACCAUCACCCCCACCGCUUGAAUCUUCGGUGUCUACUCCUCCGAUGAAAUCACCUUCAUCAUCUGGGAAGGGUGUGAAUUCAAAAUCAAGGCUUUUGUUAGUGGUAGCCAUCGUUGUACCUAUUAUAGCGGUUGUUCUACUUUCAAUAGCUGGUUAUUGUUUCCUUGCAAAAAGGAAAAAGAAGACUUAUGACGCAGCACCUCCAUCUGAUUCUGAGGUAGGAAAUGAUAUAAAAGCCGCAGACUCACUACAGCUAGACUAUAGAACAAUCCAAACUGCAACAAAUAAUUUUGCAGAAAGAAAUAAGAUUGGUAAAGGUGGAUUUGGCGUGGUUUACAAGGGUACAUUUUCAAAUGGGAAAGAAGUUGCGGUGAAGAGAUUGUCGAAAAACUCAAGACAAGGUGAAGCCGAGUUCAAGACCGAGGUUGUUGUAGUUGCAAAGCUUCAGCACAGAAAUUUGGUUAGGCUUCUAGGGUUUUCGCUACAAGGAGAAGAAAGGAUAUUGGUGUACGAGUAUAUGCCAAACAAAAGCCUUGAUUAUUUACUCUUUGACCCUACAAAGCAAGUUCAGCUGGACUGGACGCAACGAUACAAGAUCAUUGGAGGAAUUGCUCGAGGGAUUCUAUAUCUCCAUGAAGAUUCACAGCUCAAAAUUAUACACCGUGACCUUAAAGCGAGUAACAUUCUCCUAGAUGUGGAUAUAAAUCCAAAAAUUGCAGAUUUUGGAAUGGCUAGGAUCUUCGGAUUGGACCAAACGCAGGAUAACACAAGCAGAAUAGUUGGCACCUACGGUUACAUGUCUCCUGAAUAUGCGAUGCAUGGCCAAUUCUCAAUGAAAUCUGAUGUCUAUAGCUUUGGCGUGUUAGUUCUUGAGAUUAUAAGUGGUAGGAAGAAUAGCAGCUUCGACGAGGCAGACGGCGGCGCACAAGACUUGCUCACACAUGCUUGGAGGCUCUGGAAUAACAAAGCAGCAUUAGCCCUCGUGGAUCCACUUAUAGUAGAUAAUUGCCAGAAUAGUGAAGUGGUUCGAUGCAUCCAUAUCGGUCUUUUAUGUGUUCAAGAAGAUCCUGUAAAGCGUCCAACAAUAUCAACCAUUUUCAUGAUGCUCACUAGUAAUACUGUGACUUUACCACUGCCUCGACAACCAGGGUUUUUCAUUCAAGGUAGACCCGAAAAGAACCUGCAUGGUUCAGAUCAAUCUACCACGGACAAGUCAGGGUCUAUUGACGAUGCAUCAAUCACUGAUUUAUAUCCUCGCUAAAUAUGGUGUUAACCUUCAGGCUUAAAGCAAAUAUAUACAUAUUUCUAGACUUGAUCAAGCCUUUUUAUUGUUUAGUUUCGAUUUGGUUUGUUAAAA